AUGGCGGACUCAAAGGUAGAUAAAAGUCGUAAUGGUUCGAUUAAACGGCGACGUCAAACUAUUGUUUGCGUGAACUGCAGACGUCGUAAGACUAAAUGCGACAAAGGGAAGCCCUGUGGAUCGUGCAUCAAGUUAGGGCUGGAGGAAACGUGCUCAUAUGUUCCAGAUUUAGGUACCCAAUUGCAGCAGCGUAAAAGUUCUGAUUUCUCGUUCGAGAUACCUCAUGUUGAAGCUUCAUACAUCAACUUGAUCCCUGCAGGUAUGCUCGUAAAUCGAAAAAGAUCCGGCACCUGCUACGUGGCGCCGCUUACGACACUAGCAAGUGUACAAAGAGAUGUGUAUCUGCGUGUGUUACGCUCUGUUUGUAUUGGUCCUCGCUAUACCAAUAGAAAAGCGCAAAAACGUAAAGGGAAGCAUGCAGGAGUAGCAGCAGCAGCAGGCGGAAGGAAUGCUGAAAAAGGACUAAAUAAAAACGCUAACAAUCCAGAGCAUCUAGACUCGCCAAUGAAAGGCCUUCCCAAUUCCCUGCGUUACCUCGAAAAAUUGGAAGAAGAAGCAGCAGAUUUAAGCGAUGAGCUAGCUGCGAAACAUUGGUAUACUUGCAAAAAGCUAUUCGAGAAGUUUGGUGCGUCUCGUAAGAAUCGUAUUAAAUCAUGGGAUGGUACAGAAUUUUCUCUUGAAUUGAUUCCGGAUUGUAAUCUUUUCUUUCAGCACGUUUGGCCCUAUUACGUCGACCAUAUCUGGCAGCUGUGCCCACUUUUCAAUCUUCAGACUUUGGAAACUAAGAUCCACGCUGUUUAUGCGGGAGUUAAAAAGGCGAAAUACGGUAUUGAUGAUUAUGCGUGCUACUCUACCAUCCUCCUAGUUACACUCAUCGUUCAGGUCUCGGUAGAACUUUCAGGCCUUCCUGAUACGUACUCAAGUAUCAGAAGCAUUGAAACGGAGAGGUACCUUCCUGCUGUUAGCCACCACAUCUUUCGCGGGGAAAAUUUCAGAAAGUGCUCACUAUUCAAUUUACAAACCAUGCUCUUGCUAAGAUUUUACCAAUGGUGCGCACCCGACGAUGGAGACGGCGAAUACCUCCAACAAAGCAGUAUGCUCAUGGGAAUGAUCGUGUCUGGAUCCUAUGGAAUAGGUUUAGGAUGGCAUUGCACGACACAAAGUGGAGACUUUGUUACAGAUAGAACAAUUUCAUGCGCUGUAGACCCUUCACAAACUUUGGAAGAGUUGAAAGAAUACCGGCGUGUUUGGUGCAAUGUUUUGCAUUGGGAUCGCAAGAUAAGUUUACUGACUGGUCUUCCUUGUCUUAUCGGAACGACAAUGAGAGUCCAUAGUGAUGGAAACGACGGUUUGCCCUUGCCAAUGUUACGUUACGAUUUUUUGCUGGAAAAAAUUGCCAGAACAAUAAGCAGCUGUCCAACAAAGGUUGAUUUUGAUCUUAUUAUGAAACUGUCAGGUCACUUGAAGCAGUUAAUGAGAAAUGACCUAAAUGACAGCAAUUUGGAUACGGUUCUCCACCAUGAAAUGAACCUCGUUCUCCUUCUUCUUGAGCUUUCCUUAGAACAUGCUCGGGUUAUCAAUUGCGAGAUCGUUCUACAUUUCGAUGAAUAUAGAGAUUGUAUUCAGGCACUGAUGGAAAAAAUUUUAGAGGUCACUCAUCUUUGCGAGUAUCUGCUCAAUUUUGAGGAAACCCCGACCUUUGCCAGAUUCUACACUAACAGAAUUGUUGAGCUGGCUUUGAGAAGCGUAAUAUCAAUUUUACCUUCUAUCAUUUUACGCUCGGGAAGAUCACCUGAAGCUGGUUUAAAAGCGACUCUGACGAACUUUUACAAAGCAACACUUUCGACAUAUUUUAAUAACUUGGGAACUGAUUAUUAUCAAGCUUUCAGGCGAAUGUUUAGUGAGAAAAUCACCCUCAAAACGUUAAAUCAUUUGAACGAAACUGAUCCGUUCGAAACCAUACUGGAAUUCUACACACAGGCUUCUAAAGAUGGCGAGCCCUCGACUGAAACACGCCCUAUAGAGGUAAAAAAGUUCAUAGACCUUUGUGAUCGUCGCGACGGGAAAAAGAAAUUGGGGGAAUUGUGGGACAACUGCUUAAACAUGCCUGCUGGCUUAUUUUCAUUCGAGUUGGACAUCGAUAACCUGACUCAGUACUUACCAUUUAAUCAAAAACUCUCAGAGGGGGAAUACGACCUAUUUGCUUCAUUUUUCAGUAAAGCAUCUUCGUCAUUUCUUGAAGUCGUGAAACUUUUACCGUCGGCUAACGUUACGGACUCGCCAGACAAUGUCUUCGAUAACUUCAACUACGCCUUGCUUGAUUUUGGAGAUAACAACAACUAUGACCCAUUGAUCUUUCUAGACUUCUUCGAGCCAGCAGCAUAA